CCCCCGGCGACUCGGCACGGCCCCAGGAUGAUGCGGCUAGUGGUGCUCUCGGCGCUGGUGGCAGCCGCCGCUGCUGCGUACUACGACUACAACUUGCCGCUGACGUACGCCGCCUCUCCGUACUCCGCUGCGCCCCUGACGUACGCCGCUGCUCCAUACGCCGCUGCUCCGCUGACGUAUGCCGCUGCUCCGUACGCCGCUGCUCCGUACGCCGCUGCUUCGUAUGCCGCUGCUCCACUGACGUACGCCGCCUCUCCGGUGGCGGCGGCGCCGGCUCCGUAUUCCUUCUCUCGCCGCUACCAGACGCAGGACGAGCUCGGCCAGGCCACCUUCGGCCACGAGGAGCCCAACCAGAGUCACGCGGCCGUGCGCGACGCGUUCGGCAACGUGGCCGGCACCUACAGCUACAUCAACCCCGAGGGUCAGACCAUCUCCGUCAAGUACACGGCCGGCGAGGAGGGCGUUCAGGUGGAGAGCAACGCGCUGCCCGUGGCGCCCAUCGACACCGGCAAGCCGCCGGUGGACACUGGCGUGCCGCCGGCGCCCGUGCAGGCCACCCCCGAGGUGCAGGCCGCCACCGCCGCCCACCUGGCCGCGGUCAUGGAGGCCGAGCAGAUGGCAGCAGCUCCCGAGAUGCCCGACUCCGCUCCCGAGAUGAUGCCCGGCGCCGCUCCCGAGAUGCCCGAGAUGAUGCCCGGCGCCUCUUCUGAGAUGCCCGGCGCCGCUCCCGGGAUGCGCAAGAGGCGCGCUCUGUUGUACGCCGCCGCCGCCCCCGCCCCCGCCGCUGGUUACGCCGCCGAGAAGACGGAGGUCAUCCUCAACCCGGGGCACGCCACCUCGUACCGCGUGGACCCGGUGGAGCCGGCGCUGCUGAGGAAGCGCCGCGGUGUGCUGCUGCCCUCGCUGUACUCGGGCUCCGCUCUGCUGUACGCCGCCGCCCCCGCCCCCGCCGCCGCCCCCGCCGCUGGUUACGCUGCCGAGAAGACGGAGGUCAUCCUCAACCCGGGCCACGCCACCUCGUACCGGGUCGACCCGCUGAUGUAGGAGACGUCACACCGGGAUGGGAGGGAUGACGCCGUCACAGGACGGGAGGGAUGUGUGAGUCCAGCCGGGGGCCAGUGUUCGCCGCCGCCGCCGCCGCCGCCGCGUCCCCACGGCUGGCGGCGCGGGACGGACGGACAGGGUUCUCAGCUGACUCCACAGAUACACAUUCUACACAUACACUUACACCGCAGGACGCGAGAUGGUAGUCAGAUCAACGACUCUGGUGAUCUCUUCAGCGUGUCCGGGAAAAGUUCCAUUGUUCGCCAUCAAUCGUCCACGCAUCGUGUGACUGAUAAACUGCAAUGCACACUGUGUUCCUUAUAAUGGACAUUGUUUUAAUUAAUUUGAAAAAAAAAAAUAUUUUUGAUAUUUUUGCUUUAAUAGAAAAUAAAAACAGGCAAUGUGCGA